AUGGCGCCGACCCGGGUCCCGCUCGGCCAGGCCGACUCGACCGCGAGAGCCUCGCCCGCGAGCGGCCCGGAAGUCUCGAGGGGCCUGUCCGAGAAUCUCGCCAAACCUCCACGAAAUCUCGUCUACGUGCUCUCGGGGGGGGCGACGCGGAAGUGGCCGCUCGGCGCCCAUUGCCGGCUGUGCUUAGGGGCGCUGGGUGCUGCGGCGCCCCCCCCGGAGUCCGAGAGACUCGCGCCCGAUGUCGGCCGCGCCCUGGAGACCCCCGAGCGGGGCCGUACCCUGAGCCCGCUCGCCCCGCUGCAGGCCUCCCGGGCCAGGAUGAAAAAGCUCCCGAAGAAGAGCCAGAACGGGAAGUACCGGCUCAAGUAUCUGCGCCUGCGCAAAGCGGCCAAGGCCACCGUUUUUGAAAAUGCUGCUAUUUGUGACGAAAUUGCUCGUCUUGAGGAAAAGUUUCUUAAAGCAAAAGAAGAAAGAAGGUACUUGCUAAAGAAGCUGCUGCAGCUUCAGGCUCUGACUGAAGGAGAAGUGCAGGCCGUGGCUCCUUCCCACAGCUCCAGUUUGCCCCUGGCUUAUGGUGUGGCCAGCACAGUAGGAACCAUCCAGGGAACUGGGCCCAUUGCUGGUCCUAGCACUGGGGCUGAGGAACCUUUUGCAAAGAAAUCCAAGAAGGAGAGAAAAGAAAAAGGCAAAGAAAACAACAAACUGGAAGUUCUGAAGAAAACAUCCAAGAAAAGGAAACUGGAGGCAGGUGCUCGCAAGCCGGUUCAGCCCAUUGCCCUGGAUCCCUCAGGACGGCCCGUUUUCCCCAUCGGACUGGGGGGUCUCACAGUGUAUAGCCUGGGGGAGAUCAUCACCGACCGGCCUGGCUUCCAUGAUGAGAGCGCCAUCUACCCUGUGGGCUAUUGCAGUACGCGGGUAUAUGACAGCAUGAAGCACCCCGACCAGAAGUGUCUCUAUACCUGCCAAGUCAAGGACGGGGGCAUGCUGCCUCAGUUUGAGAUUGUUCCUGAAGAUGACCCCCAGAAUGCCAUUGUCAGCUCCUCUGCAGAUGUCUGCCACGCAGAACUGCUCAAGACCAUCAGUGUGACUCUGGGGAAACCACCGCCUGACCUGCUUCCAUCUGGAGCUGACUUUUUUGGAUUUUCUCAUCCAACUAUUCAGAGCCUGAUCCAGAGCUGUCCAGGAGCUCAACAGUGCAUCAAUUACCGGUGGGUGAAGUACGACGUGUGCCAACCUGAACGGCAACUAUCUCAGGAGCUUCCGGAGAACGAUGCAACUAUCAGCUUUGACGCCUUUCAGGGACAGACUUUUGAGGAGGACCAUGACGAUCCUAUUCUCAAUGGAUCCUUGGACCUCCCAGAACUCCAGCCUCCAGCCUUUGAAUCUUCGUACCAGCCCAUGCUCCUGACACAUGAACCCCUGGGAGAGUCUUCUCCCCUUGAGCACUUGAAGUCCCCCUCACCAUGUAGCCAGCUCAGUCCUUCACUUGAAGAGAAGGGAACUGACACCUCCUUUUCAUUGUGAUGACUUUUUACCGACUGAAUGGAAAAAUACAGCAGGAGUGAAGAUGAAGUUAGCACAUUGUGUCAUGGGGGGUUCUGUGGGGACUGUCACAGGGAAAAACUUUGGCUGCUUUCUUUUUAGGAAUAAAUGUCCCUGACACUUCUGCUUA